CGUACACUUCUUGAUUGGGAAAAGAGAUACAAGAUCAUCAAAGGCAUUGCCAAGGGACUUUUAUACCUUCAUGAAGAUUCUCGUUUAAGGAUAAUUCAUCGUGAUAUGAAGGCUAGUAAUGUUCUGUUAGAUGCAGAAAUGAACCCUAAAAUUGCAGAUUUUGGGAUGGCAAGACUGUUUAAACCUGAAGAAACUCAAGGUGACACUAGUCGAAUUGUUGGAACCUACGGUUAUAUGGCACCUGAAUAUGCCAUGCAUGGACAAUUCUCAGUGAAAGUCGAAGACCUUCUAAGCUUUGCAUGGAAAAGUUGGCGAAAUGGGACAGUAGCAGAUAUAAUAGAUCCCACAUUGAAAACAGGAUCAGGUUCAUUACGUGACGUGAUUAGAAGUACUCACAUUGGGUUAUUAUGUGUUCAAGAAAAUGUUAUCGAUAGGCCAACCAUGGCUUCAGUUGUUCUUAUGCUUAAUAGCUUCUCUAUCACGCUUUCCGUACCAUCAGAACCUGCAUUUUUCAUGCGCAAUACUAUUGAUCCUGAAAUGCCGCUUCUUAAUGAAUUCAGUUCUUCAAAUUCAGGGGAAAAUGGUUUUGGAAAACUUAAAAUAUCAAAGUCGAAACCAAGAUCAUCUCAAGUUUCAGUAAAUGAUAUUUCAAUAUCCGAGAUCAUUCCUAGAUAA